AUGAGCGCAAAGGUGCAGGGCAAGCGCCCAGAGAUCAUCGAUCUCACCAAGCGGGCGUCUGCCUUCCAGCCGCACACUGGGGCGAAGAAGUUUGUCAUCAAGAACCUUCGCACGACCUCACGAGCACAAGAUGUCGAGGACUACUACAGGCGGACAUGGGCCGAGUUGGAUACAGCUCUGACCGCCAUCUUCUCCUCCUCACAACCACGCCAGCCGUUGGAGAGGUUAUACCGAGGUGUCGAGGAUUUAUGUAGGAGUGGCCAGGCGGAGAAGGUCUAUGACAUGCUACGACAACGAUGCGAGGACCACUUGCAUGGGGAAGUGCUGCAGAAGAUCAAGGCAGAUGGGGGCAACUCGAACGUAGACAUGUUGAGGAGUGUGUACAAGCACUGGAAGACCUGGAACGCACAAUCUGUCAUCAUACGCUCUACCUUCAGCUGGCUUGAUCGGUCUUUUCUGCUUAACAGCAAGACCCUACCUCAAAUCAAUGAUAUGGCGAUCACUCAGUUUCGUCGUAUGGUAUUCGUGACGAAGAUCAAGGAGACGGAUGAAGGUGCUCCAGGUACCAAGGUCUUAGCGGGCAUGUGCGAGCUUGUGGAGUAUGACCGGCGUGGAGACAGCAGGUUCGACUCACCAUUAUUGCGCGACUCUGUCACCAUGCUUCACAUAUUCAAUGUAUACCUCAAGUCGUUCGAGCCGCGCUUCCUACGAGAGUCAAACGAGUAUUUCGAGAACUUUGCUGAGGAACGCAGCUCUGGCCACAGCCUGAAAGAUUACAUCAGAGCGUGCGAGAAACUUCUUAGGGAGGAAGACUUCCGUUGCAACGCCUUUAAUUUUGACAGCACGACAAAGAGGCAACUCCUCGAUGAUGCCCGCGCGAUAUUGACAGGGAAAUAUUCGUCCAAGCUGUUGGAUAGCAGUAGCGUUGCGAAGCUGUUGGAUGCAAACGACGUCGAGUCAAUGAAGGCGUUGUACGAGCUUCUACGACUUUCAGGUAUUCAGAAGAAGCUAAGGAGUCCGUGGGAGAGUUAUAUCAGGCAAGCGGGCUCAGAGAUUGUUAACGACACUGCUCGUGGGGAUGAGAUGGUAGUUCGCUUGCUGGAACUCCGAAGAACUCUGGACAUCAUGAUCCGAGAUGCCUUCAACAAAGACGAGGACUUCACCUAUGGCUUGCGAGAAGCAUUCGGCAACUUCAUCAACGACAGGAAGAUUGCUGCCUCGUGGGGUACAGGAACUUCCAAGGUUGGCGAGAUGAUUGCGAAGUACAUCGACAUGCUGCUGAGGGGAGGCCUAAAGACUUUGCCGAAGAGCCUUCUCUCAGAUGCUCAAGAUCGAGCAGCUGCGGAGCAAAGUGGACAAGCGAGCACCGCCGAUGAGGACGCCGAACUCGACCGCCAGCUCGAUCAAGGUCUUGAGCUUUUCCGAUUCAUUGAAGGAAAGGAUGUAUUUGAAGCUUUCUACAAGAAAGACCUUGCCCGACGACUGCUGAUGGGCAGAAGUGCAAGCCAAGAUGCCGAGCGCAAUAUGCUCACGAAAUUGAAGAGCGAGUGUGGUGCUAGCUUCACCCACAACCUCGAACAAAUGUUCAAAGAUCAGGAGCUAGCCAAGGAUGAGAUGGCUUCCUACAAGCAGUGGCGGGAAGGUACUGGUCAGGCUAAGAGCAACGUUGAUCUCACAGUCAGUAUUCUGUCCGCGGCAGCUUGGCCGACGUAUGCAGACACCAAGAUGGUCCUGCCUCCAGAUGUGGCGGAGCAGAUCGAGAAGUUCGACAGCUACUACAGAAAUAAGCACACAGGUCGCCGGCUCACGUGGAAGCACAACCUUGCGCAUUGUGUGGUCAAGGCGGUCUUCAACAAGGGCCCGAAAGAGUUACUCGUCAGCGCCUUCCAAGCCGUUAUACUCGUGCUUUUUAAUCAGGCAGGGCCAGAAGAAGUCCUGAGCUAUGAGCAAAUUGCGCAAGCGACUGGCCUAAGCGGAUCUGAACUCGAGCGUACUCUGCAGUCCCUGGCUUGCGGCAAGGUUCGCGUGCUACAGAAGCAUCCGAAAGGCAGAGACGUCAAGAAGACAGACACAUUUACCGUCAACAAGACCUUCACUGACCCCAAGUACCGGGUCAAGAUCAACCAGAUCCAACUCAAGGAGACCAAGGAGGAGAACCAGGAGACCCACCAGCGGGUCGCUGCGGACAGGCAAUUUGAGACUCAAGCUGCGAUUGUGCGGAUCAUGAAGAGCAGAAAGUCAAUGACGCAUUCUCAGCUAGUGGCUGAGGUGAUCAACCAGACCAAGAGCAGAGGAGCCAUGGAUCCCGCCGACAUCAAGCAGAACAUUGAGAAGCUCAUUGAGAAGGAUUACAUUGAGAGAGAAGGUGGAACUUACGUAUACUUGGCCUAA